CCUCUGAUUUGACUCAUUAAGCAAGCGCUAUCGUCCCCGGAUCCGGAGCUGAUAAGAGAGGCCCCGGCGUCACCAACGACGACUCGACGGAUCGCCCAAUCUUUGGAGUCCCUGUUGCCUCUCUCACCUUCUUCCCAGAGAAGGAUAUCGUAACAUGUUGGUGUUUUCGCCCUUCUUCGUCGGAGCGGUCUUCGUCGGCCUCUUGGCGGUCUACCUCGUCCGCUGCAUCUCGUCGCCGUUGUGGAAAUUUCCCGGCCCGCGGAUAUCGGCCUUCACGUCUCUUCUCCUGAAAUGGCAUGAGCUGCGCGCGAACCGGACGAAAUACAUUCACGGCCUGCACCAGAGGUAUGGCCCGGUCGUCCGCGUUGCGCCGGAAGAGGUCUGCUUCACCUCCUACGAGGCCGUUAAGGAGAUUUACUGCUCCGGCGGCAGCGGCUACGACAAGACGGAGUUUUAUAACUUGUUCAGAGUUUAUGGACGGAGGACCAUGUUUACAACGCUGAACAAAGAAGAUCACGCGAAGCGAAAGAGGAUCAUCGCAGACCGGUAUGCCAACAGCAACGUCCUGCGGCCGGCGCCCCUCAGCGGGAUUCAGGAGAGGUCGCAAAGGUUCAUCAACCGAUGCGCGGCGUCCGUGGGCAAGAGCCACGACAUCUUUAUGAGUCUUCACUCGUACGCCUGCGACUGCGUCACGCACCACCUGUUCCACCCGUACGGCAGUAACUGCCUCGAGAACGAGGCGGACGAGGAGAUGAUGCAUCAGGUCGCCGCCGACGACAGCCUGCAGAACCGCCUCGUCCAACAUUACAGCCCUGCGUUGCACAAGCUCCUCUCCAGGAUCCUCUACCUCUUCGCCAAGCCUCGCGAGACGCCCCUCGCCGACACGUUCGUGAUGGAGUCCAGCAUGAAGCCCGACCCAGCUUCGUUCACGCUCCUCAGCCGGCUGCACGAGAAAUCGGGCGGCGGGCAGCAGGGCCUGGAUCAGCUCGACAUGGCGGGCGAGUGCCUCGACCACAUGGCGGCGGGUAUUGACACCACGGGCGACGGCCUAUGCUUCCUCAUGUGGGAGCUCUCGCAGCCGCGGUCGCUGCGGUUCCAAGAGGCGCUCCGGCGGGAGCUGAGAGAGAACGCCGGGGCGGCGAGUACCGCGGCGUUCGACAGGCUGCCGUUCCUGGACGCCGUCGUGCAAGAGGGCCUGCGGUGCUUCCCCGCCAUCCCCAUGUCUCUGCCACGGUACGUGCCCCGGGGUGGGCGGACGAUCGAUGGAUACUUUGUUCCGGAAGGGACCAUCGUCAGUUGCCAGGCUUAUUCCGUCCACCGCAUCGACGGCAGCGUGUUUCCCGAGGCGGACGUGUUUGACCCGAACAGGUGGAUGGCGCCGACGGGCGAUGCCGAGAGGAAGCGGCUUAUGUUUGCGUUUGCCAACGGAGGCAGGGGGUGCGUUGGAAAGCAUCUGGCACUUGCGGAGAUGAAGACGCUUUUGGCGGACAUCUACUCCCGUUACACGACACUCCCUGAGACGUCAAUGACGGCCGAGUCGAUGGCCAUGUCGGACCAGCUCAUCUCGUCGCGGCCCCUGGGCCAGAGGUGUUUGCUGCGGUUUAUCCCUGUUGAUGACGAGAAGCAAAAAUGAGGGCAACUUGCUCGUAAAUGACAGGAUAUGAAACGAAGAGGACUGCGGCUAGGCGUUGCCUCCAGCGUUGUGUCACGUUGGGGAAACAAGGCGGUGCGGUGUGGUGCAUCCGGGGAAGGCGCAAUGGGGGGAAGGUAAACAUGGAACAAAAUAGAAGUCGUGCCUCGCGAUGGACGAUACAGCUUGGGACGGGGGACAAUGUCAACGUGGCACACCACAUCACGAGCCCGCUAGACCAAUGGACAAUGACCU